UUGCGGUCUGGAGGGUCUGGUUCUGAACCCAGAUCGUCUUUCCCGUAUUUUUGUACGCUUCUCUGCUCUCGCCUAGGUUCGUUUGAUUGACAAGUACUCCGUUUGUCUAAUGGAAUAACGCCGAACCGAUGCUGUAGUCAAUUUACAAAUCAGAAGAUGGCGUCGACUGCUUUGGAAGAGAAAAUUAAUAAGAUUAGGCAAAGGAAUGAAGAGAUCCGGCGAAGGCAUGAAGAAGUGGAAGCAGACAAACAAAAUGCAGCUAAAUUAAAUGCCCUGGUAAAAAUGGUCCCCCCGACCGAUUGGCCGGAGAGAAAGGAACCACCUGAAUUCUCCAAUCCACCUGCUCCAAGAAGUAAUGGUAAUUACAAGCCAAAAUCUUCUGCGAGAGAACAUCGUGUGCAACAACAGCAAUAUCAUGCUGCAGGUGGAGAUGGAAAGAAGACACAUGUAUUUGCUGAGGGCGAUGGACCACCUCCAGAUCCUAGCUACAAUUUUCUUGCUGACGCUGAAAGAGAAGAAAGGGCUAGAGAUGAUUUGAGAGAUGAUCGAUUCAGAGGUCGCGGUGGAUCUCAGCGAGGAACUUCUAAAAGAAGAGGCGGGGAUCCGCAAGGGCAUUCCAAAGAUUAUCGAGGAUCAGCCUCGGGAACUAAGGAUGCUACCAGACCAGAGUAUGAAGCUUGGCGAGCUGAGCGCAAUCGAAUUGACGAAGCCCGAAUUAGUCGCCAACGUACAGCUGAGGGUAACUGGCGUCGAGAGUGGGAUAAUAAUAAGGUAAACGUUGCGGAAAAUGAAACUGGAGCUCCAAAAUCUGUGCGCCUAAAUAUUGGAGAGACUGUUAGAAAAGACCAUAAGGAGUUCGAUAAGUGGCAAAGCAAUGGCAAUGAUCAUGAUUCCCCUCGUGGCCGUGGUGGAAAGCAGCAUGUUAGUCGUGGUGCUCCGAGAGGAUCUCCUAUCAAUCGAGUUUACCAGCAUUCAAAUUCAUUUGAGCAAUAUCAUGGGCAUACGUCACCUUCAGCUAAUAAAUCUGCAUCUCUGUCCCCGAACGGAAUUGAUGAACGGACUGUUGUAGCGACUGAUAAAAGUAUCAAAGUUAUUGUCAAUCACGAGACAACUACUAGCAAGAGUCCUGUGAUGAGUGUUAAAGUGAGUUCUUCAAGUAUUGCUGGUACAGGCCGGGUUGGACCACGUCAAAAACCCCGCAUUCUGUACAGCAGUCAAUCAGAAAAUGAGGCAUCCAGCCACGAACAUGAUAAAUUUUUCAAUCAUAAAUCUCCAGAUGAUAAAACAAGUCAUGUUUACUUCAACCGAGAUAAUGAUGAGCAACAGCGCUCUGUUCCAAAGAGCCCACAUCCACAUCGUAAGACGGAUGGUAACUCUAAAUCUCCGUAUUUACCUAGGAAAGAAUUUAAGUAUGAUGCACAACAGCAGAGACAUGGAGAAAACGAAUCUAAAUCACCAUACCCGCAACGAAAACAAGUUAAAGACUCUCCAAAGUCUCCACAUUUUGAAAAGAAAUCCGAUUUUUCAAAUCGGGACUCUAAUAUUAGGCAAAAAAACAAAUCUUCGGGUGCAUCUACUCAUUCUCAAAAACGAACGUUUGAUAAGACCAAGAAUGAUUCACAGAAAUAUACUACUCCAAAAAAGUUUGAAGAGCCAUAUACUCCAAAACCUCAACGAACACAUAAGCGAAAUGAUAAAUCAAAAAGUUUACACCACGGUAACUGUAGAGAAGGGCAAGAACCGAAUACUAACGAAAGCAACACACAGUCAGACAAUCUUAAUAACGAUAAAUCUGAACGAUCUACCAAUAACCAAAUUGUCAAUAACAGUGAAAAUUACAAUGAAACCAAUAAUGUAAACGAUAUCUGUGAAAAACAAUCUUCUGAGGGCACUGCGCUCGUUAACGCAGUCAAUGAAACCGAAAACGGAGACAAGUUUGCGUCGAAACCAAUUAUAGAUUCAGAAAAUGCCAGUCCAUCUACUGGUGUGAUAGGAAUUGAAAAAAGUGAUACUGAUAAAAUUUGCUCCAUUGAUACUUGUGAUAUAACUGACAAAUCUGAACCAAUGAUUAUACUGAACUAUGAGAAUACCAAUUCAGAAGAAUUAUGUAAUAAAAAUGCUGCGAAAGAGAGUGAAAUUGAUUCUAUGAUUCCGAAUUCUGAUGAAGAUAAAACCGGUGAACACUGUGAUAUUGUUGAACAAAUUGAGACUAGUAACGAAUUGCCAAAAGUAUUAGAUAAAUCACAAAAAAAACCAGACAUUCAAACAAUUACUGAAAUCAAUAUAGUAGACAGUACACUGGAAACAAACUGCACUGUCGAAAAUAUAUCUGAUAACGAAAUUAAAUGUGAACAGCUGAAUUCAAUUCCUGCAAAAGGCCUUGAUAAUGUGAAGGAGCCGGAAGAAAAUGUACUCACUCUGACAAAUGAACUGCAGAGUGAAGCAAAAGCUGAAAUAUUUCAGAAGCCUAAAGAUAUUGCAGAAGAACUUCUGCAAGCUAGUAACGCCAUUGAGAUCUCAGAUGUCGAGAAAGAAGCGCUUUCAUCACUGGAAAUCAAGGUGCAGGAUAAUGAAGAAAUAGCUUCAAGCAAUGUAGACAGCCAAGUUGCUAAGAAUCCAGAAGAUAAAGAAACUUCAGUAAUCUAAACAAAAUAAUUUGUACAUAAUAUAGUGAUGCACAAAAACUGGUAAUGCUAAAUAAACGAAAUUUUUUUAAUGUUAUCAAAACAGAUGGCAUGAUGAUGUAAAUAAUGCAAGCAGAGAUAUCGAUAUCAAGUUGCAAUGCUCAAUUUAUAUAUCUUGCAAGUUUGUAAAUUUUGUGUCAAUCGAAAUGAAAUCUUAUAAUUUGUAAUGAAGACGGUUAUUGAAAAAAUAUGAUCAUGCCAACUGUAUGGUUAAAAUAUAAGAUUUCAAAAGAAGUUUGAAAUUGUCAACAAUUCCCAUUGAUAAAAAUGUAUCCAAUAUUUCUAGUUUAACAAUAAUUAUUCGGGAUUUUAUUCUCUUAUUUGUUAUACUGCCACUUAUGAGUAAAAAUUUUCUUACUCAAAAGUUAUCUAUCGUGAUCAUAUGGCAGUUUGAUUUUUUCGUUUAAUAUAUUUGACAUGAUCUUAAUUUGUCUUGUUCAACUUGAAGCAAUACUUUUACAUUUUGGGUACCAUCAAUAUUACUUAUAUUUAUACUCUUAUCGAUUAUUGUUGAAGUAUAGUAAUCUUUACUGCCAUUUAAUGUUGAAUAACAUUAAUAACAGAAGUCAGAAAUGUUGAAAAUGGUGAACGCACAUAUUGGAGUCAAUGGUAGCACCAGACUUAUUGUAACACAAUAGAAUAUAAUAUGCGUAUUCACAUAAGUAAAUACGAAAAAAAGUAAAUGAAAAGAAAAAGAAAAUUAUUUAUUUUAAAAAACAAUCGAAUAUUUUUAUACUAAAUAUUUGAAUUUAAAAAUUUAAGAUGCAAGACUGCUUUAGAAAAAGAAAUAUGAAGAAUUUUUUUCUUUUCUUAUCACGAAAUCGAUGUUUAUUUAUUGCAAAUUUUUACAAGUUUUAUUUUAGCACACUGUUGAAUUGUUUAGAAUUUAUAUGUGUAUUUAUUUUGUUGUUAUUUAAAUUUUUGUUAUUUAUGUUAUUUUAUUAACAAUUAUAAUCAACCAGUUUCUGCAAACCACUAUUUAUGUGACUUGAUUUUUUUGAACGCCGUCACCAAUACAAAAGUACUAUCUAAAUACUUUAUGUUGGUUAUUAAAACUGCAGCUUCCAUAAAUUUCAAGAAUGUUAACCAUUUUUAUAAUAAGAAAUGAAUAAUUUUCAUGUUAGAAGUAAUACACUGUAUAGCAUUCAACAUCACAGUCAUCGUGUGAUAGUUGCAAAUGCAUGGUACACCUUAAUCCAAUUUAUGUAUCCGUAUACUUAGGUGCUUGCAAGUAAGGUAAUUUUACUCUUUACACGUAACUCAUUGUUAUUGAUAGAGCCUGUAAUUUUACAUUUGUUAACGCUGUGGAUACGGUAUAAUUAUUCCCAAAUAAUACAAAAUAACUCAUGAAAAUAUAAGUUAAACCAGAUACUUUCCAAGUCGUUGCUUGAUAUAAAAUAAUUAUUUAACAUACCUACGGGUUGCUGCAGGAAUAUAUGCAAUCUUGAAUUUCCUCAGUUAUCGUCAGGCUCGUGGCAAUCCUGGCCACCUUCAAAUUCUGGUGAUUCGUGCAUAAAACUUUCUUUGGAAUCAAUGGUUAACAUAGGAGUUACAUAAUCGAGACUGUCCAUUAGGUCCUUUAUCAUUGUCCAUACCCGUACAUUCGACAGAUUGUUCUGAUAUGUUUUCAAAAAAAUAAAAGUCAAUAAAUCUAUAAUGCUUGCUAACAAAA